GACUUGAAAUGCCUUCCCACGAUGCAUUGCGGUUGCAGCAAACCGGAAAAGGAAACCAAAACUUCCGCUGACUACUUUCUUGUCGUUGUAUCUCAUUUUACAUUAGCAACAUUGUAAUUAUUGUUGUCACAAUUAAAUCGUAACACAAUUUAGAUUUUUCCAAGAGGAAGUCAAGAGUGACGUCCAUGUUUUGGUCGGCGCUUGUUAGCAUUAGCCGCUAGCAACCACAGGCUCCAUUUCGGCUCCACGGUACGGCUGGCGACGGCGCCCGGAGCCGUUGUGACGCCACCGACAAGUCUUUAAUAGAAAUCGAGAUUUGCUGUAGCUUUCGAUCGAAAGGAUGAACUCGGAGGAGACCAGCAAAACCUCCCCUCCGGAGGACGAUGGCAUGACGUGGUGGUACCGGUGGCUUUGCAAAAUAGCCGGUGUGCUGGGAGGAAUAUCCUGUGCCAUCGCAGGAGUAUGGAACUGUGUCACUGUAAACCCUUUAAACAUCGCCGCCGGAGUGUGGAUGGUGUUGAACGCCUUCGUUUUAUUCCUGUGCGAGGUGCCCUUCUGCUGCCAGUUCAUUGAGUUCGCCAAUGCCGUGGCGGCCCGCGCCGACCGCUUCCGACCCUGGCAGAAAUCCUUCUUCUACUGCGGGAUGGCGCUGUUCCCCAUCUUCCUGAGUUUCUCCUUCACCACGCUGUUCGGGAAUGCGAUCGCCUUCGCCACCGGGGUCUUGUAUGGCCUGGCAUCUCUAGGGAAAAAGGGGGACGCGGUGACGUACGCCCGUCUGCAGCAUCACAAGCAAGGCGACGAGGAGAGGAUGACCGGCACCACGGAGUGAGAGCCGUCGUCUUGGUACCCCUGGCGACGCUCCCAAGAGCUCCCGCUUGUAUUUAUUUAUUUAUUUAUUCUUGUAACCGACUUGCAACCUCUGUUUGAAUUGUGUGAACAUGUGGAAAAUUUUUGUAAUUGUUCCUUUUAAUGGUUUGCGUUCUCUUGGCUGCUUGCUUGUUGGGUGUGAAGCCUUGAACUCAGAAGUAGGGCGUCCAUUUUGUGAUUGCUCCCUUUCAGGACCUUAACCGUCGUCGUAUCGAUUGUAUUAUGUACUUACACGACAAGAUUUAUUUUGGGUUUACCUUACCGAUUAAGUCUGAGCCUCUGCCUUUCCUGAUCCACAACUUGGAAUGUAUUUAGUUUCUUCUUAACUUCAAAGAUUCAAACUGUGUUUUAUUUUUGCUUUGUUGAUGUUCUCUAGCACAACGUUUGCUCGCUUGCAGUUUUAGCGGAAUGAAAAAUGAGUUGUGAUUGACCCCGUUUUCCUCUUACAGUGCCCAAGGGACGUUUAUUGAGUCAACUGUUGAGAGUACUGUGCAUCUAUUUCAGGGUAAAAUGUUAAUUAUUCUCUUUGGGUGAGUGUAGAAAAGUUAAACCAUUUAGAAUAUUCUAGCCAUUAUCCGAUUGAUUAAUCAGAAAUUUAUUGUAAACAAUAAUGUGCAUGUAAGCGUUUUUUUUUUUUCACUUGGGGCCAUCCUCAUAUCCUAAUGAAGUAUCUGUGACUUUUGAGUGUGUAGGCUAUAAAAAGGCGAGACCCGGCUUGGUGAGUGACAUGAGCAUCAACGAAAAAGAGUGUAGAGUUUGCUCGCCGCUCUUUGGAGUUAACAAGAAGUUAAUUCGCCAAACUGUCAGCUGGUCAGCAAAUUGACUGUGUGAGUCGUGGCCAUCGGAAGCGCAUGGUAACCCAUUAAACAUUUAUUUGGGUGGGGGUAGGCGUUUAUUUGAAGUGCGGCUUUUAAUAAUUCAAAUGGACAAUGCACUCUUAAAAAGGGAUGACACUAUUUGAGGAAAUACUAUUUUACAAGCUGUUACUGAACUCUUUGUCCAGCAAAAUCCAUUCCCGAUUCAAUUAAAAAGGGACUAAUUGAUUGUGUGUGUUUGCGAUGUAUUAUUUGUAUCUUUGUUGUUGUCCCAAAUGUUUACAACGUAGCAGCAAUUUUGUCAGCUAACGUCUCCUUCGGCUCUCAGGUACGUGGGCACCAGGAAACGCGAGCACACACACUCAUUGUUAAGCCAUGUUAACUGCAGUUGGAACAAGAUAACAUGAAACCUUUUUUGUUGUUUUAAAAUCUGGGCCGUAUGGACAUUGUGUGCUCAUGAAUCUUCUUACUGAUCAAUUAAACAAUUGUUCGACUGCA